AUGGAUACUUCCGCACAAUCCUCUGUCCCGGCGAGUGGUCAGGCUUCAAUUUACUCAAUUGAGCGACCUCUAACCAAUACUAUUCCUAACUCUGAAAAGGCCACAGUCGAUGACGGCCAUUCAUCAAUACCGCCGCGAGUACAUGGAUGGAAGUGGUUCCUUGUAUGCUGUGUGCUCUAUUCCUCCGCCUUUUUAUACGGACUCGACACAACAAUUGUGGCCGACGUCCAAGUGCCUAUUGUGGAAAGAUUUGGGUCCGUGGAUAAGUUAAGCUGGCUCGGAACCGGUUUCCCGUUGGGAUCCGUCGCAACCAUUCUUCCAAUCGGUGCUCUCUAUAACAUAUUUGACAUCAAAUAUGUAUAUAUAAUAUCCCUUGCUUUGUUCGAAGGUGGGAGUGCCCUCUGUGGCGGCGCCCCGAGUAUGGACUCGUUGAUAGUGGGCCGAGUAAUGGCUGGAAUUGGAGGAUGCGGAAUGUACCUUGGUGUCCUCAACUACAUCGCUAUUUUUACCACUCUACGAAGACGACCUGUAUAUAUGGGUUUGACUGGCAUCGUCUGGGGAGCUGGAGCUAUCCUUGGCCCUGUGAUUGGGGGCUCCUUUGCAGACAGCCCUGCGACAUGGAGAUGGGCAUUUUACAUCAACCUUGUCCUUGCCGCUGUCACAUUACCUGCACUUUUUUUGCUUGUUCCAAGACACAACUCAUCUCCGGAUGGCUCUGUGCUCUCAAAGUUCAAGGAGCUGGAUAUCAUAGGAAUGGUCCUUAACGGCGGGAUCUACUUUCUUUGGGUUAUGGUUCUCACCUUCGCCGGCGUAACUUGGAAGUGGAACGACGGACGCAUAAUAGCUUUAUUCGUCUUGUUUGGAGUUACACUGAUCGUCUUCAUUCUCCAGCAGUACUUCGCGGUAUUUACCACCCCGGCCCGCCGUGCGUUUCCAGGGGCAUUCCUCAGAAGAAGAUCUUUGAUCAUUCUCUACAUCAGCACCUGCUGCUCCAACUCGGCGUUUUUCGUCGGAGCCUAUUAUAUCCCGCUUUUCUUCCAAUUUACUCGCGGCGAUAGCGCAAUUGCUGCCGCCGUUCGCCUUCUACCAUUCGUAAUGGUCGCUAUAACGUUCAUCAUGUCGAGCGGAGCCUUGAUGCCGGUUUUUGGUUACUACAUGCCGUGGUACUUCAUCAGCGGGGUAUUUUUGGUUGCAGGAUCCUCCCUUAUGUAUACUGUUGAUGCCCAUACACCGACCGCCAACAUAUACGGAUACUCUGUCCUUCUUGCUAUUGGGGCUGGGUCCAUAGCACAGGCGGCUUACAGUGUUGCCGCCGCAAAGGUCAAAGGGUCUGAAGUUAACCAGGCAGUCACCUUCAUCAAUCUCGCUCAGCUUGGAGCAGCGGUGCUAUGUCUUGCUAUUUCCGGUACGAUAUUCCAGAAUUUAGCCAUUAGGAACCUUGAGGCUGCCCUCGCCCAAUAUGGCGACUACUCAAGGGCGCAACUCAUUUCUGCAAUAGCUGGUGCAAAGAGUGACAUCCUUAUCCAUGGAACACCAGAAGUUAAGGAGGCCGCAAUCAAUGCCAUUAUUGCUGCGAUGAAAAAUGUUUAUGUUUCGCUGAUUGCAGCUGGUGGAACAGUGUUGGUGACAUCGCUUUUCCUUAAGAGAGAGAAGCUGUUUAUGAAGAUGGAAGCAGGGGGAUGA